AUGACUGCAGCUUACAUCAAACGCAACCUAGCCGCAGGCCGUCGCCCAAGUGACUUUUACGCCCAUCACACCCUUCGUCGAAGACAACUGGACCGUCCUCACACAACUACAUCCUCCUUCGGAACCAGCGAACUCGUAAUAGCGCUCGCAAUCCUCAUCGUUGUAAUCCUCCUGUGUGGCUAUUAUAUCCGUCAAACCUACUUAGCAGCCUCGAAAUACGUCCAAGGAAAGCUCGUAGACUUUGAAGACACACGUGUAAACAUUGGGAAAGCGGCGAUGAUGAAUGUCAAUGCUGGGAAGUUUCUCAAGGGGUUCUUUGACACGGUGACGGAUGUGGUUAAGAAGGAUCCUGUUCCCCCGAUUCCUGUGCCGAAGAAGUGGUUCAUGAAAGGCUCGGAAGCGGAUAGGGCGUGGGCGAGAGAGGGGGAAAGGAGAGCGCUGUUUGAUAAGACUGAGAAUGAGAGAGCACAAUCUGACAGGACUGAGGGGGGGCAAAGAAAGCGUUUUGAUCACCGGUAUGGGUGGGUCGGUACUUUGGGGGAGGCGAGUAGAUUUGAUGGUACGAACAGCUUGAGCUCGGAUUCUAUGGUCGACGGAGUUGAUCGCCAGGAGGGUGAUGGAGGUUGUUAUGGGACAGAUUUGUUGAGGAAGAGGAGUUGGACAUAA